GACAAGAUUUUAACCGAUUCAUUUAAAAAUUUCACUCACUUGCUGCACUUAUUUACGACAGACCGGAAAAGGAAGUUCAAUUAUUCAAAUCUCGCGUAGUACGAGACGCAAUGUCAGCCCCCAUGAAAUGUCGAUAUGUGGCAGUAAUAAUAGUUUUUGUUGCUUUAUUCGAAUUGACAUGCUCUCAUUUGGGCAAAGCAUACUCAAAAGAUGAUAUCCUAAAAUACAGAGGCAAGGUAGAGAAGAUGUUUCACCAUGCAUACGAUGGCUACAUAAAAUAUGCUUAUCCCUAUGAUGAACUUCGACCUUUGACUUGUGAUGGUCAUGACACAUGGGGAAGUUAUUCCUUGACACUGAUAGAUGCUUUAGAUACUCUAGCCAUCAUGGGAAACUACUCUGAAUUUCAACGUGUUGCCAAGCUAGUAUCUAACAUGAUCAACUUUGAUAUAGACAUCAAUGCUUCUGUAUUUGAAACUAAUAUCAGAAUUUUAGGUGGAUUACUGUCUGCUCAUUUAUUGUACAAGAAAACAGGAAUGGAGUUAGAACCAGGAUGGCCAUGUUCAGGACCUUUGUUGAGGUUAGCUGAAGAUGUAGCAAGGAGAAUUCUUCCUGCUUUUGAUACACAGACUGGCAUGCCCUAUGGAACAGUUAACCUAAGACAUGGUGUACCUAAAGGGGAGACAACUGUUACAUGUACUGCUGGUGUGGGAACAUUUCUAAUUGAAUUUGGAACACUUAGUCGUCUCACUGGAGAUCCUGUUUUUGAAAAAGUUGCCAUGAGAGCACUCAGAGCUCUUUGGAAUGUUCGCUCUCCAAUUGGAAUGGUGGGAAACCAUGUUGAUGUAAAGACAGGAAAAUGGACUGCUCUUGAUUUUGGUAUUGGUGGCGGAAUAGAUUCAUACUUUGAAUAUUUGGUCAAAGGAGGCAUCAUGUUUAACAUUCCUGAACUCUUAGAUAAUUUUCAUGAAUACCAUGCAGCUGUAAAGAAAUACAUAAAGAGAGAUGACUGGUAUAUGUGGGCAAACAUGAAUAAAGGGGGAAUAACUCUACCUAUGUUUACAUCUCUAGAUGCAUAUUGGCCUGGAAUACUGAGUAUGCUUGGUGAUAAUGAUCAAGCAAUGAAGACAUUACAUAAUUUCCAUCAGGUUUGGAAACAGUAUGGAUUUACUCCAGAAUAUUAUAAUAUUCCUAAAAAUGAGGCUCACAAAGGGAGAGAAGGAUACCCUCUUAGACCAGAGUUGAUAGAAAGUGUGAUGUACCUGUAUAGAGCAACAAAGGAUCCUUUUCUACUGGAUAUAGGUGUAGAUAUUAUAGAGGCUAUAGAACAAUCUACUAAAACUAAGUGUGGAUAUGCUACAGUUAAAGAUGUCAAUAACCACCUUCUUGAAAACAGGAUGGAAAGUUUUUUUCUGGCGGAGACAACCAAAUAUUUGUAUCUUCUCUUUGACCCAGAUAAUUUCAUUCACAAUAACGGUAGCUCAGGAACCGUUAUACAGACCCCCAACGGAGAGUGUGUAAUUGAUGCAGGAGGAUAUUUCUUCACCACAGAAGCUCAUCCAAUAGAUUCUGCUGCUGUGUAUUGUUGUAGUGCUGCUAAAAAAGAAGAUGAUGCAAUACUUCAGGGAAUGCAUGAUAAUUUAGAUCUUUUGUCCUUGUUGGAUAUCCUCGAUUCAACAGAAACAAUAAUAGGAGAAAAGUUAAUUUUAAAGAAAAAGAAAGAAGAAAAAAGUCAAAAAUUAAAAGGAGAAACAGGAAUUAUUGAUGAGUUCGGGAAAAUAGUUGAAAAAAAUGAAAAUUUAAAUGAGAAUAAGAAUAAAGAAAAUGUAAUAAUAAGAGAUGAGAAAGAUGAAAGUAUUUAUAUGAAAAAUGAUAACAAGAAGAAAGAAAAUGGAGAGAAAAGAGAUAUAAAAGAUGAAAAUGUUCCAAAGAAGAAUAAUAAUAUGGAUGUUAGAAAAGAUAAUUUUGACAAUAAAAAAGAAAGUUUAGACAGUGUAACAUCGGAUAAUGUUAGUAGCAAAAAUAGUUCAAUUCAAGUGAACAUUGAUCUAAAAAGUCCAGAAUUGACUAAAAGUGAAAAAUUGCAAUCAAAACAUUCACAAAGUGAAAGUACUGAUAAUCAGUCUAAAAAUAGUAACACUGCCAUUAAAGAAUUAGCAAUAUUACCAAAACAGGUGAAACAGACAUCUCAGACAAAUUUAAAUUCAUUAGUGCAACUUUUAAGUUUAUUGUCAGGUAAAGAAAUAACAGCAGAUAAAAAAGAUACUGAGUGGGUACCAGAUGUGAAUCACUUAUACCAAGUCAUGCAAAUGUAUUCUAAUGUUUAUAAAGUCAAACCUGAACUUAUGAUGUGUAAGGCUCAACCUUUUCACAUGAGAUGGUCUGUAAAUGGGGAGAUGUUUGAGGAGGAAUAAAUCUCUCACAAUAAUUUAUUUUUAAUUUGAAAUUUUAAUGCAAUCUAACA